AAAUGGAGAUCUCGCUGGGCCAGUGGCUCCUCAUCCUCUUCCUGGUGGCCAUCCCGCUUCUGUAUGAAUGGAGUGCCACCUUCAAGUAUUUCUGUAAGAUGGCUUUCUACAACAGCUACAUCCUCUUCCUGGCUGUCAUUGCCAUCCCGAUCUGUGCUGUCCGCGGGCGCAGCGUGGAGAAUAUGAAGAUAUUACGAUUCAUGUUGCUCCACAUAAAAUAUCUCUAUGGGAUCAAGAUUGACGUGCGGGGGACCGAGAACUUCAACCUCAAGGAGCCCUAUGUGGUGGUGUCCAACCACCAGAGCUCCCUUGACUUGCUUGGUUUAAUGGAGGUGUUGCCAGAUCGGUGUGUGCCAAUUGCCAAGAAGGAGCUGAUGUAUAUGGGCACAGUGGGGUUGGCCUGCUGGCUGGGAGGCAUCAUUUUUAUCAACCGCAAGAAAACCAACGAUGCCAUCAGCGUUAUGUCUGAGGCUGCCCAAACUAUGCUGAGCCAAGAUGUUCGGGUCUGGGUGUUUCCUGAGGGUACCAGGAAUCACAACGGCUCCAUGCUGCCCUUCAAACGGGGCGCCUUCCAUUUGGCGGUGCAAACCCAGGUUCCUCUCGUCCCUGUUGUAAUCUCAUCGUAUCGAGAUUUCUACAAUAAGAAGGAUAGGCGCUUCACCACAGGGCGCUGCAUUGUCCAGGUCUUGUCCUCCGUGCCCACGAAGGGGCUGAGAGCCGACGAUGUGCCGGCUCUGACGGAUCGAGUGCGCCAAGCCAUGCUGGUUGCUUUCGAGGGGCUUUCCGCGGAUCUGGGUUCCCCGCAGUGACCUCCGCCACCGCUUCCCCCCAACGUCUGACCCAGGAGCACGGCGGGCUGCGCCUGGGAGCAGCUUGCACCCACAGGCAGUCAACCUGAAGAUAACGGGACCAAGACGGAAGAGGGCAGCGCUUGGAGGGGAGGGAAAAGGAAUCGGAACCGGUUCUGGCAGAGGAGUGAUGGGCACAGCACCUUGCGGCAAAGAAGGGGGGCUUGAAAUGGGUGGGGAGGGGGCUGGACUCAGCCACAUGUGCUAGGAGACCUGGGAGCGGAGUGGAUCCCAAGCCACCCUCGUUGCCCUCUUCACUUCUGGAUCAGAGUUCUGACUCCCCCAGUAGAUGGUACAGUCUGGUCCCUUGCCUCCAUCUCCUCCUUGCUCCCCCGUUUUGUUCAUGUGGACUGUUCCAUUUCACUUUCUUGGACUUGGCCGGUGGGCUUCCCAUUGUGGGAAGUUUUUUUCUGGAUUGGAACCACAGACCCCCACAGCAACUGAGCCACCCCUGGGAGUCUGCAGAGGGAGCCAUGGACCUGGUUUACCCUGGCUUGCUUCAAGGACCAGGGGGAUCUUGGUGAACUUCAGACUCGGAGCAAUGCCCGUGGGGAUGCCCCAGCGGCUUGCGGAGCCCGUGUGUGUGAGAACUCUGGACCCACCAUCGGCUGGGGAAGGAGAGAGACAGAGGGAGCCUACGCCGGGGAGGAAAUUCUGGCCAAUCCAUCCGAACAUGCAAUAGCAAAGGACCCAGGCUGCUCAGCCUGACUCAGCUCCAAUCAUGGACCGGACUGCUUUCUUCCAGGGCGGAAGCUUGGCAGAAAGGGGAAGGGAAGGAGAAAGGAAGGAGAUCUGUCUCCCUCUGACGCCGACAGGGUGAAAAGGGAGCCAAAGGGAUCUUCUAGCAGACCUAAGCAGAGAGAGACAGAGAGAGAUCGCUUGGAUUGCCUUCACUGGAGGUUGUUUGUGGCUUUGGGUGGAAGAUGGAGAAGGGAGGCCAAAGGAUGGAUUUGGGUGGGGAAACGGGCAGAGAACACGAUUUGGGGGGCUCCGGCUGCCUGUCGGCCUUGCCUGGAACGCCCUUUUCUUUUCCCUCCCGACACUGAAUGGUGAGGAUGGGAGCCAGACCAGUUUGCCAGAUGAAAAGGUGCAGGGAGAAGGGGCUUGGCAUCGGUCACCCCUCACCAGCUGUGGAUCAGGGAGACCCAAAGGAAAAAGGGAGGAAGCCAGGGGAGGGGAGGGGAGGGGAGGGGAAGGGCAGGGUGUGCAGGCAAGGGCUUGUCCCCAGGGCCGAAUUAAGCAUGAGGGUUGCAAAAAGCAGGAAGUUGUGGCCUCAGGCUGGGGCCUUUGAGCCAGGUGUUAACAGGAACAUCAGGGACAGGGGAUGGAGUGAACAUGGGGUGAGGGGUAUCCAAUAAAGGAGGGAAGCGGGCCAUUGGCAUCCGGAGAGCAACUGGUUGUGUGUGUGUGUUUGCGGCAGGGUCUUUCGGGGAGAAGAGGAAACCAGGUAGAAGAGGAAACGGUUGCCCCUUCCAGGAUGAGAGUUUGAGAGGUGCCGAUUGAGGGAGGGCCAGACUGAUUCGUGGGGUGGCCAGCCUUGCGGUUCCUUGAAAUUAUUCUGUAUAUUUCUCUUCUGCCUUUGGAUUUUCCCUGAAGGUUUCUGCCGUCUCCCCCCCCCCAUCCCACCCCGCAAGUUGGUGGGUGACGGGGGGGGACUUUAUUUCCUCUUUCCAGACAUUCCUUCUUGGGGGAGGGGAGGAGAAAAGAGAUUUUUUUUCCAUCUGGGGUGGGAUGAGGAGUGAAGAGAUGUUAUCCAGUCCAUGUUCCCCAAACCUUCCUGCUUUUAAUAAAAACCCUCGAAAAUUCA